GUCCCGACCCGGUACAGCACUAGCAGGUCCCUGAGCCCGGUUACUCGACUCGAAGGAGGCAGAUCCGGAGUCCUCUGAUCGUCCCUCCUCGUCCCGUUGGACUCGACUGAACCGCUGAGAUGAAUCAGAGCAAGACCGAACCUGAGCCUUUCGAAUAUUCCUCCUACGAUUAUUCAGACUGGUACUCGAACAACGCAGAGCCAACCGACCCACCCAAAGAGGUCAUUUUGCCAUGUGACCCCACAGCGGACGACAGGGUCUUCCACGUAUGCAUGCUGUCGAUAUCUCUGGUGGUGGUGUUAAUCCUGGCAGUUCUCACCAGGAAAAACAAACUCUGCCAAGGAUUCACAAGAGGAUCCUCCAGUGUCUUCAGUCCAGCCAACUUCCUGGACCAGACUCAGAAAAAAGGCCUCGUCAUGGCUGUCUUUGGUCUGGUGUUCAGCAAACUGGCAAUGCUGGUGAUCACCCCAGACCCUCUGCCGUUCUCCAGAGAUACUCCAGCGAACCUUAAAGAGUACAUGAAGAUAAUUGCCAUCUUCUACUACCCCGUGCUGUACUACCCUCUGUUGCUGUGUUGCACUCUGCAGCACAAAGCGGGCUACGUGCUCGGGACGCUGCUCUCCUUCGGUCACUUCGCCGUCCUGGUGUGGCAGAAGUUCGACUGUCCAAAGACUCCAGAGAUCUAUAUGUACUACGCUCUGCUUGCCAGUCUGCCUCAGCUGGGCUGCCUCGCGUAUCUCUGUGUGCAGUUUCCUUUGCUGUUUGUGAAAGGACCGAGUACUGACGAGGACCUUGACAGCAGCUACUACACCAACUAUGUGAAGUUGCUUCUCAAGAAAAAGUCCUCGGCCGCCAGCUCUCCAUCUACAGACAAACCAACGCUGGCACAGAGGAUGCUGGAGGUGCCUAAGAGUUAUAUUUAUAUACCAGAAAAAGUGUUUCGUUUCCCACUAAAACUGGCUGUGUCAGCGUUUGUUGCCCUGGUGGCGAUAUAUCAUACGGCGUUGCUGCUCGUCGUCCUGGUGGUCCCCACCCUCCACAUUGUCCGUGACGGUAUCGAUGAAAACAUCGCCUUCCUGUUGCUGGGGUUCGGGAUCGUCCUGUCAGACGACAGGAUGGAGGUCGUCCAAAUUGUGACCUUCUAUACUUGGUUGGUGGAGGUGUGCUACAUCUGUGCUAUGACCCUGUCUUGUUUGGUGAGUCUCAUCAUGCUCAUGAGGUCCAUGGUACUUCACAGGUCAAACCUGAAAGGAUUGUAUAAAGGAGACGUUUACAGCAUUUAUAACAGCCAGAAGACCAUCCGUCCAUCUAAACCUGGGAUUGUCUGUUGGAUGGGUUUGACAGGAUACCAAGCUGCCAUCGUCUGUCUCGGAAUGGGAAUCCAGACCGUUGUGUUUUACAUCUGCUUCUUGUUCCUGGUGUUUUUGAUCAUCAUACCCGUGUUCUACGGUCGUAACCUCAUCGCCUUCACGAUCGCGGGGAAGGCGUGGCCGGUCUGGGUCACGCUGACCUUGGCUACGGCGCUUCAACAUGUGACCGCUGAGUUUGCUUUCAUUAAAAAGGAAGGCGGUACGAGAGACUUGAACAACAGAGAGAGUCUGUUCCUCCUGACCUACCUGCUGUUCCUGAUUAACAUCGUCGUGGGACUGGUAGUCGCAAUAUGGAGAAUGUUGAUAACGGCUCUGUACAACAUCGUCCAUCUUGGUCGUAUUGACGUCAGUCUGCUGCACCGCAGCGCAGAGUCCUACGACCCAGCCUACCGAUACUACGCCCACUCCCUGAAGGUGGAGGUCAGCCAGUCCCACCCGGUGAUGAAGGCUUUCUGUGGGCUGCUGCUGGACAUGAUGAUCGAGGGCGGCGGAGCGGCGCGGAAAAUAAGAGAUGCAGAGGAAGGGAUUCAGGAGAACCGGCCGAACAAGGCGGCCGCCCGCCGGAGGGUUGUCUCUCGCUGGCAGCUGCUGUACACGCUGGUCAACAACCCGUCGCUGCUGGGCUCUAGGAAGCACUUCCAGAUACAGCAGACCUCGAGAACCGCCCCCAACGGGACCCCCAACAGGCCACCCAACGAGACCCCCACCGAGCCACCCAACAAGACCCCCAACCGCUGCUCCAAGAGAGGCAGCGAGACGGAGGCCGUCGAGCCUGCAGCCGAGCCAGUCCGACCCAGCGAGACCCCCACAAACCAAGAUAAAACUGAUUGACAUCCCUAAUAUACUGUUUUUAUUCGGUUUGUUUAAAUCUAAUGCCAAUGGUUUUUUUUAUAAUUCAGAGGUUUUUUUUGCAGCAUCUGCACAUGGCAACUAUUCCUCAUGGUCCAGGUCAUAGAUGACACAUAACAACACAGUUAAAGGUCCAGUGUGUAGGAUUAAGGGGGAGGAAAAACUGUUUUCUUAAUAGUAUAAUCACUUUGUUAUCUUACAACAAGCCUUAUAUUUAAGGGUGGAGCUGGUCCUCUUCGUGGAGGCGGACAUGUUGUUCCGCCAUGUUUCUACAGCACGGCCCAGGAAGGACAAACAAACACCGGAUUUUUUUUGCAUCGACCACCGUAGUUGUCUCACACGCUCGGCACGCUCGGAGAAGUUUCAGUUGGUUGCAAUCUGCAACCUCACCACUAGAUGUCACUAAAUCCUACACGGUGGACGAUGAAUUGAAAGUAUGGUUAGAAGUAGGCAACUAAAACGUUUGGUCAAAUGAGGAAGAGAUGGUGAUGAUAGUUACUGAAUAUAAAAUAUCCACAGUGCAGGUGAGCCAGAUGCCUCGUGGCUUCUGAUCCACAAAGGUGCCAAAAAAACUAAACACAUAGACGCGAACAGCGGCACAACUUUCAAAAACACAUCUUGAGGAAAUGUUCCCGUAUAUGAAUUGGCGUUAAACUUACUGCUGAGCGCCGCGGAGCAUGUCGGGGCGAAAUUCCCACAAUAACUCAAAUAAAUGCCCCGUCGGAUAUCAAAUCACAUUUGGGGGGAGUUUAUGACAGAGAGUAACUUUUAUUCUUAAAUACUGAUGAAUGAAAAAAAAGUGUCUCCAGCAAAAAGGGCACUUUUCUCAUCCAGGGCAAAAGGGCUCUAUCUGUGCACGUGCCUGCAUAUAUAUAUGUAUUUAAUAAUAAAUGCAUACAUAUAUAUAUGUAUAUAUUUGCAUACAUACAGGACUGUCUCAGAAAAUUAGAAUAUUGUGAUGAAGUUCUUGAUUUUCUGUAAUGCAAUUAAAAAAACAAAAAUGUCA